GUCGAUGGGAGACGCGCAUCCUGGCGGGGCUCUUCGUUGGAAGGUUGCCGGCUGUCUCCUGGAGAAGGAGGACCGCGGACCAGGAGCAUCGUUGCAACUCUAUAUGCCCAGCAGGAGAAACUGCACCACCUGGAGUUGCGGCUGAGGCACCUCCAAACAGCGAAGGCCAACCUCGCAACUUCCACGGAGCAGCUGAGCACUCGAGGCUGCCUGGCCAGCCUCCUUGAAGAUGUGGCCAAGCGCCUGGACGCCGUUGGCGCCCGCCUUCAGGCACUUCCCUGCAAUGAGCCCGCCAGGCUACCAGCUGAUGCCCUAGACCAGGCAUCAGUCCAGUCUGUUUUGCCACCCAAGACUGCCGACGCAGGAUUCCACCCUGAACCUGUCUGCCAAACAAGUCUCGGCUUCCGGUCGCCGAUCUUGCAGCUGAGUCCGCAAGAGCAGGGAGCGGCUGCCUGUCGCCCUCCCAGCUGGCAGGAGUCGACUUCUGGCAUGCACCCAGCUGCGCCCAGAAGAGGUCUCACAGGAUCAGAUGGUCCAGCUCCCCUUCCAGGGGUCGCUCAACGGCUGCAGGCAGCUCGCCACACUCCCCCCGUGGAGGACGCUGGGCGGGACAUGUUUCAGGCCAUGGGCCGUAAGGCCCCACAGCCUCGUGAUGUCGCUGUCCCUUGUGACAGAGAUGGUCCGGAGCCUGCGUAUAUGCAGGCCUUGACUGGACCUCCAGCGCUUCCCGAGCGCCGUGCACCAGAUCGUUCGCAACCGCUUGGCAUCCUUGAGCCCGCGAUGCGUGAGGAGCACAAGGACCCAGCCGUGGGUCCUGUUUUUCAGGCUCCCCCAAGGUAUGCUCAACACACUUCUUCUCCCUUGCCUGCGCUGCGCAGCGACGCGCCGUGCAUGGUCGCCAGCAGAGGCGAGUGGCUGGAGCCUUUGACCAUGGGGGCUGCCGACCCGGGCCUACAGGAGGAGGACAGGACGCCUCAUCUUCCUGUCCCUACAGGUCGCUGGAUGGGUCAGGCAUUGCUGGGAGAGGAACCACGCGAAUUUGACCCGGAUGUUUUGUGGGCAAAGUGA